AAAAAGAAUAUUUGUGGAUAGAUGAGUAUUCUUUCAGAGUUUUUCAUCAAUAGGUUAUAUUUUUAAAUAAUUUUAUUAAAAAUUGUUAUUUUUGGAAAGUUUUCAUUUUUUUUAGAGAAAUAUUGUAGAUUUGAGUUUGUAUAACCAAACAUGUAAAAUAAAACUAUUGUAUUUGUAAAAGUCACAUAAACAUUAAAAAUAUGAUUACUAUCAAGAAUAUUCACUAUUAAUGAUGUGACAAAGAUUUUAAUGUUUAUAGAACUGAAUCAAACAUCUGCGACGGUUGUGAGGAUCACGAUCCAGUAGUAUGUUUAUAAAAGAAGAAAAUGUUGGAAAGGAUAAAAAGCAAAAGGUACUUACUAGUAGAAUAAUAUAAUGCGAGGACAGAUCGAAGGAGGGGAGUAAUAUGACCCGUCAGCAAUUCAGAACUUUGAAGUGGACCAAAUCUUUGAUUUUGAUGACCGCUGACUUUUCAAACAUUUCUUCUACUAGUAUUAAACUCAAAAAAUCUAUACGUGCAAACAACCCACCGCAAUGUUUGAGUUUUUCUUCAACGGAAGUCGAUAAUAAUUCUUGUUUUUUUUUUGUCGGCUUUAGAUGAGGGAAUUCAAAGAUUCUCUCCACAGAUGAAUUGAAUGAAUGAAUGAAUGAAUGAUUAGCUUCUUUUGAUAAGACCUGAAAUUAUUAAAUUUCAGUUAACCAUUUUAUAGUGCUGAGUAGUUGUCACAUUGACCGAUUGAAAUUCAUUUCAUGAACCAUAUUAGUAUAAUCCGGAAUUGACCAGAGAAAAUCUUGCUUAAGCAAAUUCUUUUUGUCCUUUUAACGCGCAACGAGAAAUUGUUCGAGAUUAUUCGCCAAAAAGAUUUUAGACAGCACAUUUCAUUAUUAGCUUCUUUCAAAGAUCUCAGGGCUACAGUUUUUUCAUGUUUCACAUCUCCAUACUAUCUUUACUAUUCUUAGAUUAAGCUCAUAAUAAAUGGCUAAUUGCUAUACGCCAAAGUAAAAAUUUACAUUGAUCAUCUGUAACCUCAUGUAAAAGUAUAUAAACUAAAAGCAUAUAUAUGUAAAGCGAUAGCCAGAAACCCAUUGGAUUACGUACUUCUUUCAGAAACUUCUAAUCAGAAGCUAAGUAGCAUAAAGACAUAGUUAUCUUUGCGUUUAUAAGUAAAAGAAAACUUGUUUGAAAUGCAAAACGUUGGGAAUUCAUUUUUAAAGAAACAAACAACUUCAGUGACAAAAAAGGGAUACAAUUUUACCAAAAGAAAAGAAGAUACAAACAACUUAGAAGCAAAUGCAACCGAGCAAGUAGAACUUUAGAGGUCUUCUGCGAUAAAUUUUACAUAUGAAAGAGGAAAAUAAUAUACGCUAAUAUAUAUUCCCUCCGUUUCAUAUUAAGUAUCGUUGUAGAGAAAAUUUUUUGUUACAAAAUAAGUGUCAUUUUCGACUUUUAAUGCAAAAUUUAUUAAUUUUAUUUAACAAUUUAUUUUUCUACUGGUUGAAAUAUGAUUAGGUGUAUAUGUAAUUGUAUUUUUGUAUAAAAAAUAUACAAAAUUAAUUGUUUUCUUAAUCUGUGUGCACAAACCCAAAGUGAUACUUAAAAUGAAACAUAUGGAGUAUAAGUUACAUGGCCUGCAAGUAAAGCGAUUGAACAUGACUCCAAUUUUAUUUUAUUUUUAAAAUAAUUGUAUAUAUUAGAACUUAACAUUUAUUUUGCAAUUAUAGUCCUAUAUAAAAGUCUAUUCAAAUAAAAUUAAGCAUAUAUAAAGAGAGAUAUUAUUAUUUUUUAAUUAUAUAGCUCAAUAUUUUUUUAAACAUGACAUAAAAAUAAUCUGAAACGUUAUUGAGAAAUGAUAAGCAUAUAUUCACACAAGACAAUCAAGAUACAGCAUAUAGAAAUUUUAAAUUUACUAGGUCUUUUUCUGCGCUACGCGCAGAUAAUGUGGUUAUAUAAUUUUCUUUUUAAAUUUAGUAUAAUAUAUGAUAUUAUUUGAUAAUUUUAUCCUAAGGAAUCUACAAAGUUUGAGCUGUGAAAGUAGGUAAAUAUCUCAUUGUCUUCUAAUUAAUGUUUUGUUAAGGUUUUCGUUUUCAUCUAAAUUUACAACACUUUUUUAAAUAGAUUGAAUAUUUGCACAAAAAUUAGGAAGAAAAUUAGAGUUAGAAUUUUGGAAUAUAUCAAGAGAGAGUAAGAAAUAAAUCAUACAUAUUGAUCUGAGAGGUUUGUGAUUUUAUUUAGAGAGACAUAAAAAAUUCAUAAGAAAAAUGCCGGAAAAUUGUAACUUUUAAAAUCAUAUUUAGUAUGACACUAACCUGAAAAAUCUAAAAAGUGUUCAUCUUAAUAUUAAGAUUUUGAUUUGCAGAACAUUAGCAUAAUAUUAUGCCAUUUAUUAUCCAGUCAACAAUAAUUAGGAAAACAUUUAUAAUAGUUUUAGAAAAUGAAAAUGUUUUCCAAAUGCUAUAUGUCCAAUGCUUUCAUAUGAAGUUUUUGCUAACACAUUUAAAGUUAAAUAUAAAAAAUUUAAAAAUAAUUUAUCCUUUUUAUUUAAUAAUAUCGCAAAAUUAUUUUUGUAUUCAAAAAUUAAAUAUAUAUAUAAAUAAAAUUUGAAAAUAAGAUAAUUUUUUAAACAAUAUUAUUUCACAUCAAAAUAUAAUUAAAUAUAAAUUAUUAUUGUCAAUAAAAAUAUAAAAAAUUUAUAUGGAGCAUCAACUUCUUUUGGUUGACUGUUGUGGGAUGAAAUGAUCUUUCAGGUAGUUUUGUUUUCAGGUAGUUUGGCUUGACAAAAUUUCGCUGAAUUGAACCGUAAGAAAAAAUUGGUUUGGUUCUUGGGUAGUUAGGUUUCAAAAACUUUUACCGGAGUUUUCGGUUUUGCGGUUAGUUUGGUUAAAUUUUCAGUUUAUAUUGAAUAAACUUAAAAAAAUCAGUUAAUUUAUGUUAGUUCGGUUAUUUUGGUUUGGGUUUCGGCUAGUUUGGUUUGAUUUGGUUAUUCCGGUCACUUGGUUGUUUUGAUUAGGAUUUUGGUUAGUUUGGUUAGUUAUGUUUGGAAUUUCAGUUAAGAUUGAUAUUUUUUUAACCAAACAAAUUUGUUAGCGAACCGAACCAAAUCGAAACUGAAAAUUUUAUUGUUACCAACCGAACUUCCGAACCAAAAACCAAACUUUUUUGUUCGGCAAGUUUGGUCCGGUUAAAAAUCCUAGCCUGUGAGGAUGUUUUAAUGUCUAUCAUGAUGUUUUUAGUAAGGCGUUAUGGGUAUUUAUGUUACUAAUAUUUUGUAAGGACAUAUUAAAAUAAGGAUAAGGAUAAAUUAAAAAAAGGAUAAAUUAAACAUGGUCACACGAAUAAAAUAAAAAUUUAUAAAUUAAUAAUAUUAAAAUUUGAUAUUUUAUCAAUCUAUAAGAUUAUUUUGACAAAAUAGUUUAGCAACAGCUUUAUAUUACAAAGAUGAUUAUUUUCAGUAUGCAUGUUUGUGUUACCACAUCAAGGUAGAGAGUUCUUUCUUAAGAAUGAACAUUUAAACUUGAAAUGAGAUUAGAAAAAAAAAAUUCUCUAGGUUGUUACCUGAAAGUAUGAGAUAUCACCAGUUAAAUUUAGUAGUUUUUUGUCCACACUAUGCAUAAACUGUUUUACUAUUUCUCUUUUAUUUAAGAUUGUAUUUUUUUUCUUCUUAUAAUUAUUAACUAAAGAAUUUUUUCAUUUUUCAUUUCAUUUGGAAAUAAUAUGUACAUUAAACUGUUUUAACGAAAAAGGAUUAAAAUUUAUAAUUUGAUUUUAAAUUCUCAAAACUGAUUUGAACAUCGUUUUAUUGCAAUGUUUUGCUUAAUAUGCUAUUGUGUUCGGUUCUAUAACUCCCAGGUUUGUUACGUGAGUGAGGAGUAAAAACUUGUGUUGUUAUGGUUUGUAAACGAAUAAACCAGAACAUUAGAGACCCAUUUUAAUAUAUUAAGAAAUUAUUCAAAAUAUUUUUUUUAUUGAUAGGUCAGUCAUAUUAGCAACCAAUUUUUUAUGCUCAUAUAUAAUUUCAAAUUGUUUCUCUAUAUGACUUCAAAGGCAUUUGUUGGUCUCACAUAAAUAAUCAACUUUUUAUUUUGUGGUUAUCUGAGUUGAUUAAUUACUGAAGAGUUGAGGUUCUACAGAGAAUACAGAUAACUGAUUGGACUGUAACUAUAUAAGUUUAGCUAUAAAAUUUAUGAUGUAGAUGAUUUGGAUGUAGUUGAAAUUUAUAUAUAUAUAUAUAUAUGUUGCCGUAGUAUAAACAUGAAAGGAGAGGUCUCUGAUAUAUAUGUCUAUUAUUUUGUUUUCCUCUACUCCGCUCACCGCUCUUACAUCUUAUGCAGGGCGAUGUAAUACAGUUUUUACUUAUUGUAAUCUCUAGAAUAUAAUAUUUCUAUACAUAAAUUGUAUAUUUCUUAUGCGUUUUUGUCAAUGAACUUAAAGUUUUAAACCAUCUCGCUGCCCACGAGUUAAGAAACAGUCCUUUAGGAUCUGGAAGCAAUUCAUGAUUACUUAGUUGCGCUGAAAGGAAGAAACAAAGGCAUGCAUGACAAAGUAAUGAAUGAAACCUACCCGCAGCUGACAAAGAAGUGAUUGUUCUCCUUCUAUAGAAUCGUGUACUGGCUCUCGCUACCAAAGCAAAUGACGUACUCAUUUAAGAAAACCACAUGCAAGGUUUCACAAAGAACUCCAACCUGGUAUUCGUUUAUGCAAAUUCAAAUUUCAAAACUUGAUAGGAAGUGACAAAAAGAGAAAGUUACUUGCUGAUAUGGCAGCAAGAUCUCUUCGGAAUUCUUGGCUGCAUAUCUUCCCUUAACAACCAACAGUUGCCGCCCAUCAUGCAAGAAAUUCAUUACAUGGCCUGGUUUAUGAGUCAUCCUGAAUUUUUUUUGUUUAGCAGAGAUAGACAGAAAUGCCAUACAAUCUUAAAGCCCCCUAGGCAAUAUGCAUGAAUACUUACGGUCGAUCAAGCUUGAAGAGGAAGAUAAAAGAGAUUUGUUCAUACUUUUUGAAGAGGUCCAUAAAGUUGGCAAACAUACUCUUCUUUUUGUCCCCUGCAAAGAACUUAAGGAGGCCUGAUAACUGUACAGCACCUAUCUCCAGCAAGCUCUGGAUUUUUUUUCAUGGAGAAUGUUAAAGACUCUACUAAGAAGCUGCAAAUAGACAUCACAUCAAAAAUCAAUCUGCUAACAGGUUUUUGAUAAUGAGAGAACAUCAUCAAAUAACCGAUGGUUUAAUGCAAAAAAAACCAUCUACUCCACCGUCAUAUAUUUAACUUCCCUCACAGGGGUGACAUUGCUGCUGCCAAAUAAUUUAAUCUUCAUUAGCAUGCUCUGCAAUGUAUUCUCUAUGUAAGAUGUUUACCGUAAGGAACAAUUAAUUAGCAAAGACAAUAAUUUAAGAAUACCAUCCAAAUCUUCUGCAGCAGCGAGACUUAUUCAAUGAGCUUGGUUCAACCUAUCCAAAAAAACAAAAACAAUGUGAGGCACAUAAUCAUGAAAACACCAGAGUCAAAUAGGCACAAUGAUAAAAUACUCACUGGCUUAUUCUUUUGCUUCAGUUCACUAAGUGAACAGUCAAAGCCAUCAUUAGCUGCAGGGGACGAACGUAAAGAAUAACAUACAAACACCAUUGAAAGAAUCAAUAAAAGAAUUCACGGAAGAUAAACUCGUCAACAUACCAAAGUGUGAGCUAUAAGGAUAAGAAAAAAAAAUUAACUACAAAAUCACACAAAUCAGUUUAAAUUAAACAAAGUAACUUUUCUAGAUAACGGGACGAUACCAGGGAUGACUCAUGUAAUGCUACAUGUGAUGGCGUCGACUCUCAGAUUGAAGCAAAGGUUAUACCUUGGAAAUGAUCAUAGCAUUGGAAGACAAAGUGAUGACCAGAUGAAGCCGGGCUUGCUCGUUCUUGCGCUAUGCAGAUAUAUAUAUUGAGCAUCAAUUUCCCAUUUUCAGUUGGUCCCUGAAACACGUAAAAAUAGAUAACGUAAGGGUAGAAGGAAGGGAAAAGAAACAAAUGGUAUGGUUCUGAUGCGUUUAGAGGUCAAUAGUUGUAUAAAUGCAAAUUUUGAAAUUAGAGACCAAAAACUUUAAAGCUAUAAGUAUAACAAACUCUACAAAAGACCACAGCUUUUAUAAGAGAAACAAAGCAAACAAACUGAAAUUGAACUGCUCAAACUCGGUUUGGAUUGUUUUAUUUAUCAAAACUAAGAUUGAGAAUUACAAAACCUGACAAACCAGAUGGCGAAUCCUCUCCUGUAAAGCUCAUUCUCCUCCUUUUACACCUCCAACAAUCUAAACACCAGAUCAAGAGCUUUCAAAAACAAAACCAACGAUCUGAAACAGAGGAAGUGAAAUCAUGAAUCAAAAGUGGGAAACAUUAACCGUAAUCAUAGAAUUCUCAACCGUAAGCUCCACCAGUUAUGGAACUCGAACUCCUCCAUCUCCCUCAAUUCUUUCAACGGCUUCGUCUUCUUCGUUCCUAACAAUCUCACAAUAUGAUAAAAGACAAACAAAAAGAGAUCACAUACAACUCCCACGAACGCUUUUCAAAGAAAACUGUACAGAGGUUAAGUGAUGCUUUGUACGUACAGGAGCAAGGCAUUGUGUGACUUACCAAAUAUGAAGGAGUAAAUAUUUUUACAGAAAACUGUAUACAGAGGUAAAGUGAUGGAACCAAAACCAAACGCCAGUACUAACUACUCGUUUUCUCCAGAGGCGAUGAAGAGAUCUGCUGGUUCUAGUGAGAAGAAUCUUUCGUGAAUCUACCUACGUCUCAUAUAGUGAGUAAGGAGAGGAGGAAAGCUGAAAAGAUUAAGGAAUAAAUAAUUUGUAACUGGUGAAAGAGUUGUUUUGGCAAAGGCAGACAAACCGGAAGAAGACCAAAGAAAUAUUGGAAUCGGCGUGGCGUUGAAAAGGUUCGAGCGAAGAGUGAUUUGGUGAUGUGUUUUUUUUUAAUUGACUUGUCAGUUUAGAAGUCUCUCAUUGGUUGAUUUUAUUUGCUGAUGUGGACAGCAUGAGAGGAGCUCUUAUUCCCCUUUUAGUAUUGUAUUGAUUAUCUUAAUUAAGUCUAUUAAGAAAUUUGUUUUUUUUUCACAAUAUAAAGUUUAAUAAAUUAACUCAUUCAACUAUUACUCGGUUCGAGAUGAAAUAAUCAAAACUAUCCGUUAUGUAUGUAUACCUAUAAUUCCAUAGUCAAAGUAAAAAUGAACCUAGAUCAAUGUAUAAAAUACACAAACUUUAAUUAUUUUACUGUCAAAUUAUUUUGAGCUGAAAAUUCACGGCAUGUUAUUGGCACAGGUGGAUCUAGAAGACAUUUAGUAGGGGGUAUGGCCUUAUUUUUUUGGAGACAUCCAUUCCACGUAUUCCAAAUCCAAAUUUUGUUGAUCCAGUUACAGUCUAAAUCUUGAACUAGUCGGGGCCACUUUGAUGAACUUGAGCUAAUUUUAAGAUGAGCACUUAAAGAAAACUAAAUUAUAGAGGGAACCUGUUCUCGUAACGUAUGCCCCUAGUUAUUGGUAUUCAUUUAUACAUGUUAUUUGCAAUUAGUGAUUUAAAAUCAAUAUUAAUGUUUUGUAAUUUAUCAGAUUUUAAAAUUUUAAAAUAGUUUAAAUUGAUGGAUUCUAAAAUCUUUGCACUAUAUGUUAGAUUUUGAGUUCAAACAUUUAUUCAUGAGACUCCAUGAAAUAUGAUUUGAAAUCAAUCCAAAAAAUAUAUAUAUAAAUAUAUAUAUAUAUAUAUAUAUAUAAAUAUAUAUAUAUAUAUAAAUAUAUAUAUAUAUAUAUAUAUAUAUAUAAUUUUUUUUUAAUAGGGAUGUUCUGUAGCCCGUAGCCAUUCUCAAGGAGCUGUCCGCAACCCGUAGUCACCCCUGACCCGAAGCCAGCCUGCGCUAAUAUCUUUUAAUGGCGUAAAGCACUCCGUUGCCACAUAGGGUUUAGGAGCGAGUCGAACCUAGAGACGCGCAGCUAAACGGCUUGACGCUUAACUCAACCGGGUACCACUAGCCCACCACUACGUGGUUAGCAACCGGGUACUACUAGCCCACCAAAAUAUAAAGAAUUUAAAAAAAAAUUAAGUUGAAUAACAAUAGAUUUUUAAAAAAUGGCAACAACGUUUCUUUCAGCUUCCACUCUUAGCAUGGCUUUUCGAGAACCUUGCAAAGAGAGAAGCAGAGCUUGAAAAUCUAUGGCCAACGACUUUUGCUCUAACGUCUUGGUGGUGUUGGAAAUGGAGAUGUGGUUAUGUUUUUGGAGAUGAAGGAAAGUUUCGAGACAGAGUGAAGUUUCUUAAAGAAAAAGCUCGUGAAGUGCUAGCAGCGCAUGACAAACUUAGUGAUUGCAGUCAAGUUAGGGAACGUGUGGGGAUGCAGAUAUCAUGGCGGAGACCAGCGCAUGGAUGGAUAAAAUUAAAUACAGAUGGAGCAUCAAAAGGUAAUCCAGGUCUUGCUACUGCAGGGGGUGUUAUGCGAGAUGAGUAUGGUGUGUGGCAGGGAGGUUUUGCUUUUAAUAUUGGAAUCUGUUAAGCACCUUUGGCAGAAUUGUGGGGAGUAUAUUACGGUCUAUGUAUAGCAUGGGACCAGGGAUAUCAUCAGUUAGAGCUGGAAGUGGACUCAGAGAGUGUGGUGGGCGUUCUUCAGACAGGGAACAAUGACUCUCAUCCCUUGUCAUUCCUAUUACGUUUGUGCUAUGGCUUCAUAUCAAGAGACUGGUUAGUCAAGAUGUCGCAUGUGUAUAGGGAGGCUAAUCGUCUAGCAGAUAGAUUAGCUAACUAUGCUUCUUCUUUAUCAUUGGGUUUGCAUGUUUUUGAGGUUGUGCCUGAUAGUGUUGGUGCUAUCUCGUUAGAGGAUAUUCAGGGGGUUUCUAGACCUCGACAAGUUUGUCUGUAACUUUUGUUUUUGUUCUAAAUAAAGAGUAGUAGUGUCUCCUGCACCCUACCAAAAAAAAAAGAUUUAAAUCAAUCAUUGAAUAACACUAAUUUAAAAAUAUAAUUCAUAAUCAAUCGUUCGAAUAACAGUGAAUUGUGUUUAGAUAUUAAACUUUAUUAAAAUACAUUAUUGAAUAACUCUACCAAAAAGUUAUUUUUUUGGUCUAAAACUACCAAAAAGUAAUUGCCGUGUCGUUUUUUCAAAAAAGAGAAAAGAGAAUGAUUAGAUUAAUGUUUCUAAUCAUUGAGUUAUUGAGAAAUCAUGGCUGGGUAGUUUUCCCGGUAAAAACAUGGCUUUCUAGAGACUCGUUGAUUCAUUCUUCAGCCUAAUUAGUGCACCGUGUAAAUUCUUUCACGUGGUUGUAUAAAAGUAUGCAUAUAAGAGACAAAAAAAAUUGAUUGAAGCAGUUGAGGCGAUGACGCAGAUCCAGUCAAUAUCAUAGUACUAAAUUUGUAUUAUCCACAAAUAAAAGGCCGCAUGCAUUGACUUCACUUGACUUGACUCUGUCAGUCUUGACCUGCUUAUUACACCCUCCAUGCAUAAAUUUAAUCAUAACCUGUAUUAGUUUGGUUGGAAAAUAAUGAUUUAACUUGAGUUUGAUUUUUACUUUUUCUUUUAUAAAUUGUUUAAUGAUCUUUUUAAACACGUAGAAUAUUUGAAUAUUUUUAGACUUCUACAAACCUAUCUAAGAUCGGACUCGAAUUCCGUACAAAAAUUUAUAAUAUUUGAAUAGAAUUUAAUUUUAAAACUCAAAAAAUUCGAUACCUAAAAAGAUGAUUCAUACUUGAAUGAGUACAUAGAUGUCCAUAUCUAACUGAUUCUAUAAACAUAUAAAAAAUUCUUUGUUAACUGAUUUGAAUUCUUGUUACAAAUGAAUUAAUUUCAUUCAAACCUUAAAAUUAUUAUGGUUAAAACAAAAUAAAUGAUGUCAAAUUACUAGAGUAAAUACAAUUAAUAAAGUAGUUAAGAAAUGUGAAAAAAGAGAAAUGUGAUAAAGUACUUAAAAAUAUGUAAAUUUUUUUUUAUACUUUGUAAUAAAUUAUGUUGAAUUAAUUAAAUAAACAAUAAAUAAAGUGAUUAUAAUUAGUUAAAAAAUGAAUGAAAAUCUGUAAAAAAUCACUUAAAAAUAAACAAAUAUUAUUUUGUACUUCACUGGUUUUAAUAGAAUAGUACUUUCCAGUAUCACAAGGUUAUAUUUGAUAGCGUUUACCACGAAAAUUCUUAUAGUUUGAUAUUACAAUGUUCGCUAAUGUACAUAUACGCGUAUAUGAGAAUAUAUUAUUUGUUACAAAACAAGUUAUUUUGAUACGAAUUAGCCGGUUGAUGUUGUUCUUGAUUGAUACUCCUUCUGUUUUUUUAAUAUAGGAAAAAUGAUUGUUAGCUACAUGAAAUAUUGGCCACCACAUGGCUAACCAUGCACUAAGCUAAUGUAUAUCUAGCCAUACGAACUAUAUUUUAUGCAUGACAACAUCCUUCAACCUUAUGAUGUUAUGUAGUUAACAUCACGAGUUUAAUUUUAUUUAUCCAAAAACUGAUGUGGAUAUUAGAGAUCGUUUAAAUAUCUUGUUUCAAUAAUUAAAAUAUGAUCGAUCCGACUAUAAUUUAACUAAAAUAAGAUUUUGACCCACAUUUUAAAAGAGUAAGAAUAUUUUUAACAACAUCUAAUUUACAAAAUCAAUAUGUUUUAACAUAUUUUUAUAAGUAGUGUUUUAACAUUUUUAUUUUAGUGUACUUUAAAACUAUAUAAUUGUAUUAUUUUUAUUUAUAUAAUUUGUUUUGUUAUGAACUUUUAAUAAGUAAUGUUUUGACAUUUUUGUUUUCGUGUCUUUUAAAACUAUAUAAUCCUAUUAUUUUUAUUUAAUCUGUUUUGUUUUUUUUUAAUUAUUUUAAUCUGUUUUAUUAUGAACUUUUACUAAAAAAAUUGUAAUUCAUUUGAUUAAUUGUGUGAUAUAUAAUUGUUUGAUAUUUUUUUAAUUAUAAAACUUAUUUGUUGUCAAUUUACUAACUCUUAACAUUUUAUUUGUAUAAAACUUAUUUGAUGUCAACUUAAACCAAACAUAAUUUUGCAUAUAUAAUUAUAUAUUAUAUACUUUUAAGAAUAAAAAUAAUCAAAGAAUAAGAAUCUAAUAUGAAAGGUUUAUUAAAUUUAAAUGAAUGAAAUUUUUGUUUAUGAAAAAAUAUAUAAAAUAAUUCACUAAAUUAAUAAUUUCAUAUUAAAAAAAUAAAAUGUUAGCGUCAAUAAAUUGACAUCAAAGAAGUUUUAUAGUAAAUUGUUUUAUAAAAUAAGUAUAUAUCACACAAUUAAUCAAAUGAAUUACAGAAAUUUGAUUAAAAAUUCAUACCAAAACAGAUUAAAAGAAUUAAAAAUAUCUUAUAAUUUUUAUAUUUAAUAUAAAUAAAAUAAUAUAAUUAUAUUGUUUUCAAAACACUAAAAUAAAAAUGUUAAAACACUACUUAUCAAAAUUUAUAAAAUAUAUUCAUUUUGUAAAUUAGAUUUUGUUAAAAUAUCUUUACGCUUUUAAAAUACGAAUCAAAAUCUAAUUUAGGUAAAUUACUGUCAGGUUACGUCACAUUUUAAUUGAUGUAACGAGAGAUGUAAACGGUCUCUGACAUACACAUCAUUUUUUUGAUAUAAAAUUAAACUCGUGAUGUUAACUACAUAGCAUCAUAAAAUUGAGGGAUGUUGUCAUGCAUAAUAUAUAUUCCGUGUAGCUAAGUAUACAUUUAUUUAGUUUGCAUGGUUAGUCAUGUGAUGGCCAAUAUUUCAUGUAGUCGGCAAUCAUUUUUUCUUUAAUAUAAGUCAAUUUAGAGAAAUUUUUAUAUUCCAAAUUAUAGGAUGUUUUCGGUUUACUAUGUAAAUUUUUUUAACACUUAAUGUUAUAUGACCAAUGAUAAUAUACCUUCUAUUAUAUUAUUGAUUAAUUUGUGGUUAAUUAAAUAAUUAAUGAUGUUUUUGUUUAAAAAAUAUAAAAAAAUAAUAAAUUUCUUAAUCUAUGUGUACAACUUAAAAAAGACUUAUAUUAAAAAACGGAUGGAGUAACAAUUAACAUUGUGUGAAAUUGAUGUGCAUGAAUUUAUUUAUUUGUUAACCGAGUAAGUUUGCAAUUAACAUUACAUCUAGAGUGAGUACAGCAGACUAUGGAAGAUAGAAGAUUAAGAUUAGCUCAAAUGAAAUUUGGUGAUAGUGCAAUAUUAUGCAUGAUUAAUUAUAAUGGAUAGUUUAGGAUUAUGGAGGAAUGAUCAAUAGAUGUGAGGCUAAUCCUAUGAACUCCCAUGCAAAAUAAAGAGUAUAUCAUUAACUUCAUUUUCAAAACUUUAUGGUGUUAUUCAAUCAGUGAUUUAAAAUCUAUUGUCAAGUUUUGUAAUCAAUUAAAAUUUUAAAUUUAAACAUAGUUUUUAGUUGAUGAAUUAGAAAAUCUCUGCAGUAUACCUUGGAUUUUGAUUUCAGUCAUUUGUUCAUAAAAAUCCACCACAAAUGAUUUGAAAUCAAUUUUAAAUUAAAAAGUUUAAAUAUUUUGAAAUUGAAUAACUACUGAUAUGAUUGUUCGACAGAAAUUCAACAUAGUGUGGACCGGAUUGUCGAGAAAGUCUUAAGAAAUUGAUUGCAACUUCUGGAAGCAUUUUAGCCAAAAAAGAAGAAGAAAAACUUCUGGAAGCAAUAUAAAGUUUUUUUUUUUUGCUAAAAAUAAUAUAAAGUUAUAUACGCCAUAACGAACGAUACGGGUUUCUUUCCACAGCCAACUCCGCAGGUCCGUCCUUGCCAUAAGGCAGGUGAAGCAUUUGCUUGAGGCCACAUUUUAUAUGGUAAAAAUGAAGCCACAUUUCAUAUAAUCUUUUGGACAAAUGAUUAUUUGUUUGAUUUUUAGUUAUCAUAUCUUUAUUCCAUUUUUCCAUUUUUAUCUUUUCCAGCAUACUUUCUAUCUUAACCAUAUUUAUUAUUAGAUGAAAAACCUUAUUUAUUAUUCUUUUUAGCCUUUUGUAUUGUUUGUGGUACUAUUUACCAUUAGUAUCUUAUGUAAAAGACCACACAAAUUUUUUUUUUUUUUUUGCUUUAGGCGACUCUCAACUAUGGGACGGCACUGCAACUCCGGUUUGGUAAAAAUCGAAUUGACACACAUGAACAUCGAUGUGUGAAUGCGUUACCAAAAUAUCAAGUGAUAUGAACAUGAACAAAAUGGUUCGUAAUGCGUAAAUCGUAUAGGAACAUGUAGCCAGUUCAAAACAGGAGAACCACAAUGUCGACUAGAUGAAUAAUCUAAUCCAACGGCCAAAGUCCACGAAACACGCCAUCAAGUGGUGUUCUCUUUUACGCCUUACCUCUCGUUAUCUAUAUUAUUAUUUGCAAAGUGAUUUUUUACAUCUAAGCUCUCACAUUAAAAAUUAGAUUAGUUAAUAUUAUUGUUAUCCUUAAUAAAUAUAUAUAUAUAUAUAUAUUAUUAUAUAAUUAAGUAAAUUUUUUUAUAUAAAGAUAUUUUCUAAAAUAUUUUUAAUAUUUGAAUGUUUUAAUAAAAUUCUUUAUCAAAUUAAAUAAUUUGAUGUUUGAUUUAAUUUGUUUAAAGAGAUAAAUAAUAAUACUAGCUUGAUUUAAAGUUUAAACUAAUAAUUAUUCGUAAGAAUAUUAUGUCUACAUGUACAGACACAACACCUAGUAGUAAAUUAUAUAUAUACCGUAAUAAAGGAUGGUUCCCAUGGCCCUUCUCGUUUGAUUUAUUUAAAAUUUAAUAAGAAGCAUAAAUUGAAAAAGUCUACUUGAAGACAAAGAAAUGGUAAACCCCAAGUGGUACUCGUGAAUAGUAUAUAUACAUGUUUCCACUCUCUUCUCUACUCAAAUCAUCUUCCUCUUCCUUCUCUCUUUUCCUUUGGUCUCAAGAUUUUAAUCUUAACCUAAGAUUUGAAUAUUUAUUUUUUAAAAAAAAAUCAAUGGCCAAUCCUAGCGAAGCUUCUGCACUUAGGUUCAUCGAGAAGCAUCUACUUGACGAGCUCUCUCCGGUGGCUACAGAUCGAUGGAUGAUACACGAAUCAGCUGCAACGGAAUCUAGCUCCGAUUCUUCUCCUACGAUCUUCGGAUCACCAGCAGCUCCAAUUGAAUUCUCUGAGUUCGAGAAUAAACCUGAAAUCAUCGAUCUAUCUACGCCGAGAUUGAUUUCGAGUCCAUUUGAAUUCGACUCGGAGGUUUCUGUUUCUGAUUUCGAUUUUAAACCAUCUUAUCAAACCGGAAAUCAAUUCGAACCGGAGAUUAAAACUCAAUCUAACCGAAACCCGCCUUCGUUGAAGAUCUCCGUACCAACCAAAACCGAAUGGAUUCAAUUUGAUCCCCAACCGGAAGUUACUAAACCGAAACAAGCAAUCGCGGAAGAGAAGAAGCAUUACAGAGGAGUGAGACAAAGACCGUGGGGGAAAUUCGCGGCGGAGAUCCGAGACCCGAAUAAACGCGGAUCUCGCAUUUGGCUCGGGACGUUCGAUACCGCGAUUGAAGCCGCUAGAGCUUACGACCAAGCAGCGUUUAGACUUCGAGGAUCCAAGGCCAUUUUGAAUUUCCCUCUCGAAGUCGGGAAGUGGAAGACACGCUCCGACGCUGACGGCGAGAAGAAACGAAAGAGAGACGACGAACUAGAGGACGUGACUGUGGUGGAGAAAGUGUUGAAGACGGAGCAGAACGUUGACGGCAAGGAGACUUUUCCGUUGGUAAAGUCAGACUUGACGGAGUUAUACGACUGGGACUUAACGGGGUUUCUGAACUUUCCGCUUCUAUCGCCGUUAUCUCCUCGUCCAUCGUUUAAUUAUUCGGAGUUGACCGUUGUUUGAUUUUUUCUAGUGUCGGCGGUGUAUAUGCUGAUGUGGAUGGUACACGUUGGUGCAUGAGAUUAAAAAGGCAUACAUGUGUUUAUAUUUUUGACUUAUUUCUAGUUGUUCAUUUUUUUCAUACUACUACGUUAUUUUAUUUAAUGAAGACCGGAGAAUCGGUUUGUGUGUUAUUUCAUCCUAGAAGAAAUCAGAAUAAUUCAACACUAUCA